GCAAGACAAUGAUCAAUCACAUCAAGAUGAGAUGUUUAUGUUCAGGAUAGCUUGUUAAGGACCUUCUGCAAGUUGAGAAUGGCAGAAUUAUAGUGGAAAUGUUUUCAUUUUCAAAUACUACGAUGAACAUUCAAGAGUUCCCCUUCCACUGACUUUUGUAAUCAGGACACCGCACUGCAGGAUGAUUCGGUAAUGUUUAUAGAUAAUUCAGCCACAGCUGGUUGUGUAGAAAAGUGACUGGUUAGGAUGGAGAGUCCAGAAGAAGAUGGAGAAUCUGAUGUCAGGGUAGAUAACUCUGACAUCGACUACACUCAAGACUGUGAUGAAACGGACAACACCAGUUCUGAUCCUGACUUCAUCGUAGAUGCUCCUGAUGGGAAAAUAUCUCAGUCCAGAACUAACAGAUCUGGUCGGAAUGGAUGGGUGGACAGUGGUCAGACAGUGUCUGGCAAAUGUAAACAGAAAGGUCAAGAGGGUAAGACAUUUGAGUGUGAUGUGUGUAAGAAGAUGUUCAAUCAGUUGAUCAACCUGACAACACACAUGCGUACACACACUGGGGAGAAGCCAUUCGAGUGCUCAGUCUGUCAUAAAAUGUUUGGAUAUUAUGUGAAUCUGACGACACAUAUGAGACUUCAUACUGGCGAAAAGCCAUUCAAAUGCGAUGUCUGCCUGCGGACGUUUACUCAUUCCAACACCCUGAAGAUGCAUAAGCGGAUUCAUACUGGAGAACGACCUUAUCAGUGUACAGUCUGUGGGGAGAGUUUUUUGCGUCAUGAUCAACUGAAGCGUCACAUGAGUGGUCACACCGGAGUGAAGCCCUAUAACUGUCAAGUCUGUGGCAAGGCUUUCACACAGAUAGACAGCUGGAAGAUGCACAUGGAAAAGCAUGCAGAAAUUAAACCAUAUGAAUGUGGUGUUUGCCACAAGAAUUUUGCGUCAGUAGUUACAUUGAAGAGACAUAUGCGAAAUCAUGAAGCUAAGACCUUUAAAUGCGAUCAGUGUGACAAGGAGUAUGUUUUUAAGGCUGAACUGAAAAGACAUAUGGCUACACAACAUAGCACAGAGCGACCGUACAAGUGUUCGAUCUGUGAGAAAUCUUUCCCAGUGUCAGUCAGUUUGACCAAACAUAUGUUGUCACACACGGGAGAAAAACCAUUUAAAUGCCCGUUUUGUGAGAAAAGGUUCACAUCUGCCAGUAACAUGGGUGCACAUAAACGCCAGCAGCAUACAAAAGAGAGACUCCAUAAUUGUCCAGAAUGUGGGAAGUGCUUUCCUCGUCCAACAUCUCUGAAGAAGCACAUGAUCACACACUCCGGAAGGAAGAAUCAUGUGUGUUCCGUCUGUUCCAAGGCGUUCCUACUGCAGGGCAGUCUAAGGAUCCAUAUGCGGACCCAUUCUGGAGAGAAGCCCUACUCCUGUCAUUUGUGCAGCAAAGCCUUCCAGCAUCAAAAGACAUUGAACAGGCAUAUGGAGAUACAUUAUGAUAGUCUGCUGCUCACAUCGGGUCAGGUUAACCUUGAUAACGGUCAGGGCAUACCAGAGAAGAUAAAGAACGGAAAGACAAAGACAUGUUUAAAGUGUCCAUUUUGUCUCAAAGAGUUUUCCUACUUAAAACAUUUCCGUUCACACAUGUCUCUACAUCCUGAGGCUUCGUCUCUCAGCUCAGUAAGCAGUAGUGAAGAAUGUGGUUUGAAAUGUGUGGCUUUGGUACCUGUAAUAACUGGAGAAUCUUCUCAAGAGAACACUCAGGUGCCAGAUGAAUGUGUUCAAGUGAAGACAGAGCAUGAAGACUUGGAGACGUCUUCUGGUGGUGGUCCUAAUCGUGUUUCAGAUCCCCCACCUCCUGUCUCAGAUGUUCAAUACAGCAAUAGGACCAGCACAAGUUUGGCUGUAAUAAGUAAGCUUCGCUCUAAACUCUUCAGAAAGAGAAAAGCACAAACUGUGUCCAACUUGAAGGAGAAAAUGUUUAAAUGUCCAGCCUGUGGACUUGUCAGUGACAAUGUACAGUUUCUAAACACUCACAUGAAAUUACAUACGAAUACAGAAUCGACCCAGCAGAAAAGACUGAAACCAUUCAAGUGUACUGUCUGUAGGAAGACAUUUGUCUUACUCAAAUCAUUACGUAAGCACAUGAAAAAGCAUUUGAAUCCCCCAAAGAAGAAGCUGAAGAAGAUGCUUUUGAGUUCUCAGGAGAUUGCACCAAAUUAUACACCACCAGAAAACACUCAAGGAACACAGAUGGAAGAGACUAUAGAACCACUGCCAAAGUCACCAGGACCGCUGCUGCAAAAGACAUCAGAACCCCUGUCACGGACUCCAGAACCACUGCCACAGACACCAGAACCAUUGCCACAGACACCAGAACCAUUGUCACGUACACCAGAACCAUUGCCAAGGUCAACAGGUCCACUACCAAGAAGGGCAUCAGAAUCGCCUGUGACCAAAGCAAAAGGCAAACUGAGAGGAGAGCCGGUGAGAUGUACUGUGUGUGGUCGAGGUUUUGUCUAUCUGAAGUCACUGAACAAACACAUGCGUGAUCACUGCAUUGUUGAAACUUUUCCUUGUAAAAUUUGUGGGGAACGUUUUAAAGAUAAGGUGACACUGAAAGAGCACACUGAAAAUCAUGAAUCAACCACUAGUCAAGCAGUACAAGAACCUGUGGAUAUUAAACCUAGUGUCUGUCAACAGUGUGGCAAACUCUUUGAUGAUGUGGUGACUUUAAAUAACCACAUGAUAACACAUGAACCACUUAGUUCAGUGGAGCCCCAAGUCUGUGGUAGAACCACCCUGGAAAAUUAUUCCAAUGGACAAGUCACUGAUCCUGUUGACAUCAAACCAUUUCGAUGUAAUGAGUGCCCAGAAAUAUUUGAGACAGCUCAUGCACUGAGGUCACAUGAAACUGUUGCACAUGCUCCUGAUCUGUCAUCUGUGAAGCCAUUUCCCUGUUUUAAAUGUGGUGAGAGGUUUAGUGAGACAGCUUCACUGUCCUCCCAUGAAGCUACCCAUGUGGUGACUGAGGUAAGAGAUGCUGGUGAAGCACCUCAAGUAACCAGUGAUUUUCAGCAGCGAAGAAACUGGAUAGAUCCUGAAGGUGAAAGCAGGGGUAAAGUGGUCACCUUUUACUGUUACACCUGUAAUAAGGAUUUGGGUGAUUCUCUGUCCUUGACCGAACAUCAGAAGAUACAUAAAGCUGCAUCAAACAAGAUGGAACAUGAAUUACUAAGGUACCUGCAUGCUCAAGGUGAGUUCGUUGCUCAGAAACUCACAAUGACAUAA